AUGACCAAUGUGUGGAGCGAUGUCACCGAGCAGCCAAUCCCUGUCAUCAAGUCAGGCACAUGGGCCAAUGUUAUUGCCGAUUCGUCACGCCGUCUCCAACAAUGUGUACAAGAGCAACUCACUCACAUUGACAACCGUGCAAGAGCCUUGGCAACCAGCGGUAACUUUGAAGCGGCCUUAAACGAUGUUGCUAUGAUACGACAACUGGCUCCUUCUUCGUCAGUGGGCUAUUUGUGUGCUGGUCACGUGUAUUCACUGCAAGGACGACAAAAGGCAGCGAUUGAUAUUUAUGAUCAAGGACUGGCUGCUGUUCCAUUAUCGGAUCCCUCUCAUCAACGACUUGUCGAAGCACGAUCGAUGGCUCAGGAACGAGAUAGCACAAGGAUCGAUUUCAUCAAGGAGUUCCCUAUCGACAUCAUUGAGAACAUUGCACCAAGGAUAUUGGCUGAAGAGAUAGCACCCAGUGAAAUACGACGAUAUCUUGGCGUGUCACGUAUAUGGCGAGAAAGAUUAUUGAUGUGCAUACGAGAACUGCACAUCGAAAGCACGCACAAGGAUGAACUUGCCCAUGACGAUGAUUUACUUGAACAGGUUGCACACCAUUGUACAACCCUUACUCUUCACAGCAAUACUACGGGCUUCCCUCGACUCAUGUCAAAAACACAGCUUCCUUCAUUACAGACUUUAAUCGCAUAUGAUCCACGUGGUGCUGAUGACGAUGACGACGAUGACUUUAAUCCUGGUAUCGCUGCACUUGUAUCGGUGGGAUCAACCUUGACACACUUGGAAAUCAAGACAUCCGCAUACGGUGUUCGGCUUGGUGAAAUUCUCCGCAGCUGCCCGAACCUAGUGCAUUUGGAGGCGUGGAAUGUGGAUACUGAUAUGGUUAACGGACCUGAAUGCCAUCCCACUCUCAAGAGACUGCUAUUUUGGGUGGAUCACGACGAAUCGGAUAUCCAUGACAUUGCCAAGCGAUUACCUGGAUUGGAACUAUUUGCGACGAGUCGUUUUCAUGACACCAAAGACCUUAAAAUUCUCCACGACAAUUGUCCAAGUCUCAAAGUCGUUGGAUGCAAUGAUGAUGGUCUCUCCUUUGGAUAUGCACCCAAGACCACCACAACCACAACCACGGCCCAAAGCCAUGAUGAUCAGCAGGAUUGUUUUGGUGUGCGUAUAUUUUUCAUUGAAUGUAAUUACAGGGGUAUUUACUCUAUGGACCUCAAGGACAUCAUGGAUUUUAUGAGACGCAACAGCCACACUUUGCAACAGGUGUGGUUUCACGACAUUGAUUUGGUUGGGGGCGAUACACCCAUCCUUAACCGUGCAAUUCAGGUUGCUGAUGAUGUCUUCAAGUCACUGACAACUUUCACCUGUCGUAUAUACGGCCAAGUUGAUAUUCUUUUCACAAGAUGGAUCGCACGAGAAUCUCCCCAUUUAAAGGAACUCAAAUUAAUGAGGGAUUGCGAUCGCUCUCAGGAUCCAACUGACUCGAGUGCAUUAUUCGAUGAUCUGAUUGGCCGUUGCGAACUUGAAUCUGUCAUUUUUGAAUUGUAUGGAGAUCCUACCACGGAUAUGGGAAGCGUUGAACGAUUUAUUCAAUACCAUAGCACCUUUGAUUCCCAAUUGCAUACAUUAACCCUUCCCAAGCACACACGACUUUCCAAGGAUGCAUUGCAUGCACUGUCAAAGUUGCCACAACUUGAGAAAUUGAGCAUCAGCUGGCCUUUUUUGAUGAAGGAGGAAGAGGAUCAAGGGGAUGAAAAGUGUUCUCAUUUUGUUGAUAAGUUGAAUCGAUUGAAGCAUUUGGGAAUAUGGAGCGAUGAGGUUGUCCCUGACGACGUCUUUGUACACCAAUCGUUUUAUUAA